CUCUCUCUUCUUGUAGAUUGCUGCUGGGACUUGUGAGAUGUGAUGUGGAAUAGAUAGGUUAGAUUAAGAGGAUGGAUUCUGCGACGGCGAAACACGUCGGUGCUCGAUUGCUAGGUGAAGUCGAAGAGGGAAGCUUAGAAGAGCUUCUCGACUCCCUUCGUGUCAAUCUCACAAGCGGCCCCUCUAAUAAUGUCCGUCCAGAUAUUCCCAUCCCGGCCCUCGCCAACAUCGCAGCUCGUUAUCACAAAGCAACGCAAUCCACGCCGCCACCGGUCCUCUCCGUGAGCGGGCGGUAUCUCCCACUCCUAUACCACUUGAUAUCAACUCUCAUUGCCGAACCGCAUAAUUACACAGUGGUCGUUGUCGACGCCGAGAGCCGUUUUGAUAUAACCCGCCUCGUUUGUUCUAGCCCCUCAAACAAUACUGGCAAUAGCAGCUAUCCAGCACAACUACCUGACCUGCGCCACGUAUACGUGUACCGGCCGGCGCGGGGGCAGGACCAAGUGCGGGCGGCGGUGGCGGCAGCGGGCGAGUGGAUGCUUUACGGGGCUCACGGGAGCCGGGCUCGCGAGUGGUGGGGCACGGUGGUGAUCGGCGGGGGAAGCGGUGUAAGUGUAAAGGGAGAUGUGAAUGCGGGAUGGAAGGGUUGGCUGAGGGUCGAGCGGGAAGAGGUAGCCGGGUUUCCGGCUGGUGUUAGCGUCGAAGAAGCACUACGUGAUAGAAAUAAGAGGCAAGAGGUUGUUGAUGAUGCGGGAUGGGUUGCGGGUUCGAGGGUUGGGAGUUAUGUGUGGAGGGAUAAUUAGAUGUUUGGAUUAGAUAUUGUGGUGUAUUUCUUUAUUUUAGAGCAUUAGAGUAAUAUAAGUAUUUAUUUAUUUAUUCAAGAUUCUAAAACGAAUUAUAUUAUCGUGGUGUAUAUUG